UCGUCGCAAGAAGCUGUUUAAUAAGAUGAAAUACAAUUUGCUGCUGCAAGCGAUGCUGCUGCUGAUGCAGCUGAUGCUCAAUCUGGCUGUCGAGGAUAAAUGUGCCAUUCAGGAACAUUGCCCGGCAGGCACCACGCAUGUGGCCUGCCUAAACAAAAAGACCUUUGGCAAAGAAUGCGGAGCUAAGACACAUGAACUCAUACCCGUGAACGGUGCUCUGAGGCAGAACCUGCUCCAGCAUGUGAAUAUGAUGCGCAAUAUGGUGGCCAGCGGGCUGUUUAACCUGAAGGCGGCAGCCCGUAUGCCGGUCCUGUCCUGGGAUAGUUAUCUGGAAAAUACAACGCGUUUGUUGACGUAUCACUGCAGCCAUUCCAAGUUAUGUUCGAAUUCGGAAACGUAUAACUAUGUCCCAACGGUCCUCUUUUCGGGCACUAUAAAACAGUCAGCUACGUUAUCCCAAGAAAUGACUCGCGUUUUUCUGCCCUUAUGGUUUAAUGACGUGCUGGGCUGUACUAUGAAUGCCAAUCACGUUAUUGUACCAAAGCUCGAGGGUUCCUGCGUGGGCCACUAUAUACCUCUGAUACAGGAUUAUGGCGAUCGCAUUGGCUGUGCGAUACGCUUGUCAAAGGAUGCAAAAAAUAAAAAAACGGCCCAGGCAAAUCUAAUCUGCAAUCUAUCUCGCGCCAAUGUGAAUGGUAUGCCGCACUAUGAGGUCGACGAGGUGCCCGGAAGUCGUUGCACCGCAGGAAGGGAUCGCAUUUACCAAUUUUUGUGCAGUACGGAAGAGGUGGUCGAUUAAUAAUUUUGUGCCGCCGCCACCAACUGCAGCAUCCGAACCAUGUCAGAAGGCAAAUGAUAUGGAGGAUGUGAAAAGUUAUCCACUAGAAAUGUUGGCUGCAGAAAGAAAAUUAAAAGAGUUAAGAGAAAAGGAAUAUGUAGACGAAAAGCCAAAGGCAAAGAAAAAUGAAGAAGAAAAAAAUGAGGAGGAUGAAGCUACUGAGCCAAUUACACAAAGUCUGCUAUAGGAAGAAGCUUAUGAAAAUGAAAGAACUUGCGAAAUAGGAAGAAGUUAAGCGAAAGAAGAAAGAAGGAAUGUUGUGAGCAUAUGUAAGAAAAUUAAAAUAAAUGGGAAAAGAAAAAAGUUUAACAAAAUCAAAAGGAAUAUCAAUUAUAGGUGACCAUAUGGCAGAAAAUAAGAAAUGCAAAAAG